UCCUCCUGUCGGGACUUCUCCCUCACGUCGGAGUCCGGGAAGCACCAUGAAGUGGCUGCUGCUGCUUGGGCUGGUGGCACUCGCAGAGUGCACCAUCAUCAAGGUCCCCCUCAUCAAAAAGAAGUCCCUGAGGAAGACUCUGACUGAGCACGGCCAGCUGGAGGACUUCCUGAAGAAGCACCCCUUCAACCCAGCCACCAAGUACUUCCCCCAGAAUGACGCCACCACGCUGGCCACCCAGCCCCUGGUGAACUAUAUGGAUAUGGAGUACUUUGGCACCAUCGGCAUCGGAACACCCCCCCAGGAGUUCACCGUCAUCUUCGACACCGGCUCCUCCAACCUGUGGGUGCCCUCGGUCUACUGUUCCAGCCCUGCCUGCUCCAACCACAACCGCUUCAACCCUCAGCAGUCCUCCACCUACCAGGCCACCAGCCAGACGGUCUCCAUCGCCUAUGGCACCGGCAGCAUGACGGGCAUCCUCGGAUACGACACCGUCCAGGUCGGAGGCAUCGCUGACACCAACCAGAUCUUUGGGCUGAGCGAGACCGAGCCCGGCUCCUUCCUAUACUAUUCGCCCUUCGACGGCAUCCUGGGGUUGGCUUACCCAAACAUCGCCUCCUCCGGGGCCACCCCCGUCUUUGACAACAUGUGGAACCAAGGCCUGGUCUCUCAGGACCUCUUCUCCGUCUACCUGAGCUCCAAUGACCAGAGUGGCAGCGUGGUGAUGUUUGGUGGCAUCGACUCUUCUUACUACACUGGAAAUCUGAACUGGGUGCCUCUUUCUGCCGAGGGCUACUGGCAGAUCACUGUGGACAGCAUCACCAUGAACGGCGAGGCCAUCGCUUGCGCCCAGGGCUGCCAGGCUAUCGUUGACACUGGCACCUCUCUGCUGUCUGGCCCGGCCAGCCCCAUCGCCAAUAUCCAGGGCUACAUCGGAGCCAGCGAGAACUCCAAUGGCCAGAUGGUGGUCAGCUGCUCGGCUCUCAACAACCUGCCCGACAUUGUCUUCACCAUCAAUGGCAUCCAGUAUCCUGUGCCUCCCAGCGCCUACAUCCUGCAGAGCCAGGAGGGCUGCACCAGCGGUUUCCAGAGCAUGAACAUCCCCACGGCCUCUGGGGAGCUCUGGAUCCUGGGUGAUGUCUUCAUCCGCCAGUACUUUGCCGUCUUCGACAGGGCGAACAAUCAGGUGGGCCUGGCCCCGGUGGCAUAAGCCCAAGUCUCUCCAGCCUCGCCCAGGAAGACCUGGCCACCAUCCCCCGCCCCGUGCCCACUUUAGGUGUAUAUAAUUGUCCUGAUUGUCCUUCCUCUGGGAGUGUUGAGGUGGCUCCUGGCUCUAUUCCCUGUCAUCCCAAUAAUGUAGAAUAAAAACGUAACCCCUGAAACA